AUGUGGCAGCAUCAACAAAGCAAAUCGUUGGCGACCGUCGGCACCAGUGCUACGGGAAGUACGACAUCAACCAGCGCCGUGCCUACCGGGCCUCCGACCGUAACAGUAGCCGCCGCGUUGUCGCCUAAACAAUCGACGCGGCGACGGGGUAGCGCCAUGCUACACCGUUGGCGCAUGCGUAGCGGUAAAUGCUCUUCUAUAUACGACAGCUUUCCGUCCGCCGAUACCACCAAUACCAGUCUACAGAAUCGAUUGGACCUUCAUAAACAGGAGAUCUUGGCCAACUCUCUGUCAACUGAUCAACUUAGCAGUAUUUUGAGAGACUCAAAUCAGUUCAACGAAUUUCAACAGGAUCUUAAAGCGAAAGGCUGCACCACGAACGCGUUUGCAAAAGUUUCCUGCUUCAGUCUUCUACGUGAUAGGCUUCAGGAAAUGCAACAGCAGCCAAGCAAUCACGAUGGAGCAGAUGUGGAGGAAUUAGAAUAUUGGACACACAAAGGCGAGGUAAACGGACAUUUUGACUCUGAGGGUUUCUUAUCGACAAAACAGGCUCCAAUAGUGAUGGACGAAAAAGACCUAUACCUCGAGACUAGUCCACGAGCGGUGGCUACAAUAGGUUGUCUCGGAGACGAUCCUGUUUUCUUUUCUACAAGAACUGGAGCAAGUCCAUGA